GUAUAUAUAAUAUAUACCCAGUCUCCUCAACUUGCAAGUCUGGGCUCUUAACCAAAUAGGCAGAAUUAGCAGAAGCCAGCUGAUGCAAAUGAACAGGCUAGAAGAUCUGACACCUGCUCCAUCCAUGCCGAUGCCGAUGGAGCAUCAUUCCUCAAGGCCUACGCUGGGGUUUCCCCUGGGGACUGCUCUCCUUCUCCUUGUAAUCUUCUCCCUCAGUGGCAUCUUCUCAUGUUGUUACCACUGGGACAAGCUCCGUUCCCUACUCCGGUCUCCGCAUCCUGUGAUGUUCCAGGAAGGCCAGCAUACCGUCAUCUCCUUUGCGUCAUCACCGAGCAAGACAGCUUCUGAUCACAAGAACGAGAAAGUGGGAAAAGAGUGUGGUUUGCCCGUUAUUAUGCCUGGGGAUAAGGUCCCCAAAUUCUUCGCGAGGCCCUGCCCUCAUGAGAUGUGUUUGCCUGAAGCAGAGAAGAAGAAUGAAGUUGAGUUGCAAGCCAGAUGUUCGGUUUCAUGAAACCAUUAUUAUCUGUAAAUGAAAACACACUUAGCUGUUAGCGGCUUAUGAUGGCAGAUUGAGUGUAUAUAUGCAUGUUAAUAGAUUGUCAAAACAUUCCAUUCUCUUUGUGCUAGAUAUUUUUAUUGGGGUC